UUCUCUGCUGUCCGCGAUAGUGUGUUCUGGGCAGUGCUGUGGGGUGGGAAGAAGGCUGAGGGCAGGUAAGUGCAUUUCUCCUGGGUGCGAUAUGGGUGCGAUACGCCACGGGGUGAUGAGGCAAUAGCGGGGAGAGGAUCCAGACAGCAAGGCCCUUGCUCUAUCUGGAGCCUGAGAGUUUGUGCAGUCAUUGGAGAUUACCUUCCCUGCUUUUGAGUGUGUUCACUCUGAACUUGUGACGUUAGUGGAAAGUUAAUGGUAUAAAAGUAAUAAUGUGCAAGAAUCCAGUUCAAAGGGAAAAUAUAUACAUUUUCUGAAGAUUUGUGGGGGUUGAUGCCAGCACGACACUAACUUGUACCUAUUCAAGUCUAAGCCCAUUCUGUCAGUAAGAUUGCAAAGAUGAGCAUCAUACCUUUGCUUCUCAAUGUCAACUAUUUUUGCUUUAAAUAAUUUUAAAUAUAUAAAAGACGUAUCUAUUUCCUGUCCAAAGAAAAGUGUUGCAUCCAGUAUCAGUAUUCAGGUGGACACAAAGCCAGUCAAGAGCAUGAAAGAGAAAGGUGAGGCUCCACAUUUAAUCCUGACUCUGAAUCUUCAGUUACAUAAUUUUUUAUUCCAUUAUCUAAGAUGUACUGUAAUAGCCAUCAUACAUUUUCACUAAUCUUAUACAGAGCAUGUUUAGCAGCUUGCAAUUUUUCUUCAUUCUGCUGCUUCUCAUUAUUUCCCAUUAGCAUGAUUAUUCAUUAUCUUUAUUACCUUCAUGCAUUUAGUAUUUUUCUCGCUUGUGAGUGGGCUGAAUCCUCAGUAGUCACAUAAACUACAUCAGUGGGGGAUCUAGCUCCAGGUACAUUAAUAGGAAAGAGCCGAGAUGCCAUCUUUAAGACCUACCUUCUGCAGAGCAAGAGCAAAGUGUAAUUUUAACUAAGGCUGUCCCAGGCUGUCCUCUUAAGUUCAGAAAAAAAGUCUGCACCACCACCUGGCUCUGACUUGUUCCCCUGCUACCCCUCCUGCCUCAAACACCCUGCAGGACCUCUAGAAAGACCUCUAAGCAUAAUCCCCUUUUCUCUCUGCCUCUUGACUGGCAAAGAAAAAGCCAGUAAGUCAUUUCAGUAUAUGUUCCCACUGGCACCCAGGUGUGGACUCAUCAGCUGGUCCCAGUUUACCUGCUUGUGUGGCAAGUAUUAGUGCGCAGUUCUUGUUCUUCCUCACUGUGUCACCAGUGCCUUCAAUGGCCAAGUUAGGGCUAUGACAACUGGGUCCAUAAAGGGUAUCCAUCUAUGACAAACUUGAUACUAUAUUCUGCAUUCACUGCCAGUUUUCAGUAGUGAGGAGCUAGCCCUGAGGCACACCUUCUGAGGGCUCACAGAAUACAUAAGGAGCUUUUUAAAACAAUUUUUGAUAAAAUUCUUCUUUCCUUUGAUUGUUGUGAAGCUGAUGGCUCUUUUUAUUUUCUGGAGAAGAAAAGAAGACAAAAAAUUACCAUCUCUGGUAAUUUGUAUCAUUACAUUUCUAGUCUCCAUGGAAACCUAUGUGGUGCUCCACCGUUGGGUAACAUUUCAAUAUGUUGCAGCAGAAAUCAGAUGGAGGGAAGACUGGGUUCUGCACCUUGCCUGUUAAUCAAUUAAAAAUGGCUUUAAAGUUAUUUUCACAUUGUGUUGCAAUCUUCACUUAGAGUAACAAUAGAAAAAAUCGCAGCAAUCAAAUUAAGCUAUUAUGUCCUGAUCCUGCGUAUACCUAUGCACGUAACUCUGCCACUCGGUUUGAUUCUGAUAGGCAUUGACAUUAGUUUGGAAGAAUUCUUUGGUUUUAGUAGGAUUGUAUAGAUUAAUAGUAUGGAGACUGAAAACAUAAUAGCAAACUGUUUGUCAAGUUCACUGUAAUAAAAAGCUUGCCAGAGAGGUAGUAACAAUCCCCUUGUUGUAAUUUGUGUAAGCAAAGCAUUUUGAAAACCAAGAACCUUAAAUCUUUAUCUUUCUCUGUCUUCACUCUUUUUCUUCCACUGCUAAGGAAAAAAUAUAUCCAAAACUGGUUUCCUCUGAAAGGAUAUGGUAACUUCAUCUACCUGCCUCUUCAGGAUUUCCUUUUUUUAUUCCAAGCUUUAUCAACUUGAAAACAAAGGCACAUAAUCUUACUGGGACAGCAGAAGGUGAUACAGACAAGGAAUAUACAGAGAGAGACCAGUCUUUUUUUUGUGACCACAGUGAACCCAUGAAGAGUAAGUGCUCUCAGCCACCUAAAAGUAAGUUAAAGUGUACAGUAAUGGAAAUAAUGCAGUCUACUGUCAACCUGUAAAUACCCCUGCACAGACAGCCAUGAUAUUAAGGUACACAAAGAAAUUUUUCUAAGCAUUUUACAUUUGCACAACGAAACCCCAGUAUGCACUUUACAACUGCACUAAACCACAGUGGUGAAAUAUGGUAGUGAUUUAUGCUGUUCACUAUAACCAAACUACAAAAUCUGAUCAUUCUUUAUGUAUUUUGAAGGUAUUUACUGCAUUUGUUUCAGAAUACUGUGGAGAAAAUGUAUGCUAGUCGAGAAGAUAUUGGAUAUGAUUUUGGAGAUGACUCAAAAGUUGGAAGUAAGCCAAUUAAGCCUAAUCCAAACAUCGAUGGAGGAUGGGCUUGGAUGAUUGUACUUUCCUCUUUCCUUGUGCACAUACUUAUCAUGGGGUCCCAGAUGGCCCUUGGAAUACUCAACAUGGAAUGGCUUGAAGAGUUUAAUCAAAGUCGUGGCUUAACAGCAUGGGUUAGCUCCCUCAGCAUGGGCAUUACACUUAUUGUUGGUCCUUUCAUUGGUUUAUUCAUCAGCAUGUGUGGGUGCCGCAAGACAGCUAUGAUUGGAGGGAUAAUGAAUGCCCUAGGUUGGAUACUGAGUGCCUAUGCCUCCAAUGUGCACUACCUCUUCCUUACAUUUGGAGUGACAGCUGGCGCUGGAAGUGGCAUGGUUUAUCUGCCUGCGGUGGUCAUGGUAGGGCAGUAUUUUCAGAAGAGAAGAGCACUUGCGCAAGGACUCAGUACCACGGGAACAGGGUUUGGAGCCUUCCUAAUGACUGCCUUACUGAAGUACCUCUGCAUCGAAUUUGGGUGGAGGAAUGCCAUGUUCAUCCAGGGUGCCAUCUCUCUGAACCUUUGUGUCUGUGGGGCACUUAUGAGACCACUCUCUCCCAAAGACAUGGUUAGCGAAAAAUAUGGUGUGAGAAGUAACAGUGAAGAUAAUCAGGCAAAAGCUCUGUCCCGUUCUGCAGAGACUAUAAAAUCCAAUGGAGUCCUCAGUGAAGAACCAGAAAAAAAAGAAGAGGCAACAAAUGAAGAAGUGCUUGACAGUGUUCAGCACAUAGAAAUUGGAGGUAAAUCUGGAAGUGGAAGGAGUAUGUAUGGACUGCGCAUUCUUAAGACAGUGAGCCAGCUGACGGUUACAGUCAGGAAGGGCUUUGCAAUAUGGUACUCCAGCUACUUUGGAGCUGCAUCACUGUUUACCAAUAGAGUAUUUGUGGCCUUUAUAAUUUGGGCUUUGUUUGCCUAUAGCAGCUUUGUCAUUCCCUUUAUUCAUCUUCCAGAAAUAGUCAAGCAGUAUAACUUAUCUAGUCAGAACAAUAUAUUUCCUUUGACAUCCAUUAUAGCCAUUGUUCAUAUUUUUGGUAAAGUGAUCCUUGGAAUCAUUUCUGAUCUCCCGUGCAUCAGCACGUGGAAUGUCUUCCUCAUGGCUAACUUUACGCUGGUCACCUGCAUUCUUACUUUGCCACUAAUGCAAACAUACAUUAGCCUGGCUGUGGUUUGUGCUCUAAUAGGAUUUUCUAGUGGCUAUUUUUCUCUAAUGCCUGUUGUGACUGAAGAUUUGGUUGGAACUAAACACCUUGCAAAUGCCUAUGGCAUCAUCAUUUGUGCCAACGGAAUAUCUGCAUUGUUUGGACCACCCUUUGCAGGUUGGAUCUAUGACAUCACACAGAAAUACGAUUUUUCUUUUUACAUAUCUGGCUUACUGUACAUGGUGGGAAUAUUAUUUUUACUUAUACAACCUUGUAUUCAAAAGAAACAACCAAGUGAAAAAUCUACGGAAGAAGCACAAGGAUAGAACAAAUUCCAGAAAUUUUUUUACAGAUUUUUUUUUUUUUUUCAUGUUUCUAUUGUAUGACAGUAUGAAGCUGUUUUUCUUAUGGAACCAACCACACUGAGCUGUACUUAAGUGAA